GCUAACUGGCGCAAAGGACCAGCACGGCGUGGCCCGCCCGCACUCCUUGGCCUCCGGCAGCUAUGGCAGAUCGGCAUCCUCGAGGGUGCCCUCCGUCAAUGCUAUCUGGAGUUCUAGCCUGCGUGCCAGUGGUUCCGCUGACGUGACAUGUGCAAGGCGGAGGUACGUGGGCGGAUAGCACGUCGGUGCACAUACGAUUGUGGCGAAGGGCGGGGGCGGACAAAUAACAUAGGGAGGUAUUUGCUCGUCGAUAACACCUGGGUGUUGUCUGCGAUGGAGGAUUUGCGCUACGAGAAGGACGCAUGGCUUUCCAUCUUGGAGUCAUGUCGGUGUCACCUGCAGGACCAGGUGGCGUCGACUGCCACUUGCUGGCCACGGGUCGAUCAGGGGGCGACCUCGUUGGCUGGGUGGUUGGAGGCCGUGAUGGAACGGAUGCUGAAAAUCGUGUGGGAGCUCCAGGAGGGAUCAGCCUCUCUGACGGAAGGCGCUAUCGAUUGCAGCCAGGCAGACCUUCUGACAGGGCACUGUUAUGCCCUUUUUGAGGAGGGCACUGAAUUGUGUGAUGAGCUUCGGGCGCCACUUGCGGAGGGGUCAGAUGGGCAGACGGCAGGGUGUGAUCACUCGAUUGAUGAGACGGCUUGGGACACUAUGGUCGUUGCUCAUCAGGGAGAUGGUGAAGGCCGGCAGCCUCACCUGCUCUCAUUGGAUGCGCGGCUUUCUUCGUGUGGUCUGGCUGCUUUGUCAGCAAUACCGACAAAAAUGGUGACGACAACAACAACAAUAACAACAACAACAACAACAAGUACGAUGAAGACAUCAACAACGGAGGCGACAUCGACUAUGCUAAGCAUGCUGGCCGUGGGGGUAGCUGCCGGGAAGGUGAGUGCUGGGGGUGCGUUGCUGCGACCCUCUUUGGUGGAUGGAGUCGAUGUGUCUCCUCUUGGUGGUAACGAUUUCUGGCCUUGUCCUGUCGCCCCUUCUCCAUAGGCUGGUGAUAGAACUUGGACUUUUCUCAGCGAAGGGGACGGGGAGGUGAGAGUGGGUUGGUUCGUGAUGACCGUGUGUCGAUGGGUACGGGGUUGGUGGGAGGAGAGGGUGUUGGGAGCGAGGCUAUCAAUAGUCAAGGUCGAGUUUCUAUGGAGGAGGCGACGGAGUGUCUGGGAUGUCUUUUGAUCAUUCGUAGCUUAAAUGCCUUGCCCCUACGGUUAUAGGUGAGGACUGUUGGCGGAGGAAUAUGCUUGUAACUUGGUGCUGACCUGGAACCUCCUCCUGCGCGUUACCCUUGGUGGUGUGUAACGUGGUGCUGACCUGGAAUCUCCUCCUGCGGCCUACUGUAAUACGAUCCAAAACAAAAAUAAAGAUAAAAACAAUUACAAUUU